UAAUUGUGUUUUGAAUCCUAACGUUUACAAGAGUACUAUUCCAUAUAGUAAAACCAGAAUCGUAUACGUUUACAUUUAAAUGUCAGGGGAUCGGGUUCAACAGUAGAAAGGAAGGGGGUGGGGAAUGUCCAAUAUGUCUUAAGGUAUUUGUGUAACACAAUGACAUGUGUUGUGUUAUUUUUUUUUUCAUUGCCAUUAGUGUGAGCUGUGACUUCCUCUACAUGACAUGGCCACUAAGCUCCAGAUGAAUGUACUGUACUUUUAUUUCAGUUUUUAUUCCCAAUAGAAGUUUUUAGCAUUCUGCAGGUAUGAAAAAGGGUAAGUCCAUUUAUCAGUGCAAUGUAAGGAAAUCACACAUAUAAUGGUAGAGAUAAUGAACCAUUUCACAAAACAAUCUUAUGUCAAAGAAAGAAGAAGCGAAACAUUCACUUGUUGUGACAUUAGGAGCUUUACAAACAUCCCCUGACGCAAGCAGGCAUCAUUCCGGCAUGAACCUCCAGCGUUCACUGGGUCUAAGUGAAAUGUGCCAUCCUGUCGUCCGUGACUCUUCGGCCUGUGAAGAUCUAGAAUGGAUGAAGAGGUUUGCUACUCCAGCGUGUCUUUCAUUAAAUCUGAAGAAUCAAAGACAAGAGAGAAACAAGAUGCAGAAGAAACCGUGUACUCGGAAGUAAAGAGGACAGAAGCGCACCGAGGACUCAGUCCCAGCCCAGCAGCAGCAGAUGCCAAGCCUCUGCCUGGCCCUCACCGAUACCACAGUGCUGUGGUGGCCCUCACCGAUACCGCAGUGCCUCUGCCUGGCCCUCACCGAUACCGCAGUGUUGUGGUGGCCCUUGGGCUGCUGACUGCUCUCCUCCUCUCACUCCUAGUGGCAAUGCUUGUUUACUAUAGGAUCCAUGUGUAUGAAUCUAACGCACUCCUGGAGAGGGAGUUGCAUCAGCUCAAAGGCAAACACACCUCCUUACUGACUGAGUUCACACUUGUCAAGACCCACAAUGCCAACCUGAGCAGCUCCAAUGAAAUGUCACAGGCUCGUUAUGAAAACGCAAGCGCUGCAAACCAGCAUCUGCUUUCAGCAAUGGCUCGACUGCAGCAGGUGAAGACGACACUGAUGAUGGAACGAGACCAUCUCAACCAGACACUUGAAGUGAUUUUCCAGUUCAGUGAUUUUGCAGUUGGCCAUUUCUGUCCAGUCACAACACAAGAAAGGAAGUGUAGUGGAUAUUGCAAAGAAGGAUGGGAAUACUAUAAAUCAAGCUGUUACCACUUCAUCUACAUCAUAGAUUGGUACUACUGGAAAUCAUGGGAGGAGAGUAAAGCUGAUUGUGCUAAGAUGGGGGCUCAUCUGGUGACCAUAGACAGCAGAGGAACAGGGCUUCAUCAAUAA